AUGUCAGAUGAACAUAUGCAGCUACUAGCUAAUUCAUUCGUUUUGUUUCUAACUGCAUCUGCAAAGUCUAUGCCUUCACGCGGAUCGAAUUCCAUAGUAACACCACCACUUGUUAUAACUUUCAUAACUCUUCUCCGAACUGCAAAUUAUGCUUUCAUUAGAAUAGAAGCUCCUACGGACCAAAGGGGCGAAUCUAAAGAUUCAUCUGAAAUUGAUUUAUUAGAAGAACAGAUUUCUAAGCGAAUACCGAAAUUAAAAAGAAGGAGAAAAGAAAAAAGUAUUUCUACGGAAGAUGUUUCGCACUCUCCAGUAAAUUCUAACGAUACUCCUAAACAGAUAGUGCCACAAUGUGAUUCUGAUACUCCUGAACAAAUAGAAAAUAUAUCCGAUAACACAUCUAAUUCUAAUAUCCAAGAAUCGGAAACCCGAUGCUCUACAUCUUCUAUCUACGCAGAAUCUAUAUCGCCGGAAGAUAAGGAGAUUGUUGAAUUUCUGGAAUUACAAAAUAAGGAAAGAAUUAAGCGAUCGAAUUUAUCCUGUGACAUAAAAACCGUUACAAAUGGUAACGAUCAAAAUUCUGUACCAUCAUGCAAUACUACUGGUAACUAUCAAAACUUGGAAUUAUUAUAUGAUACAAAAACUGUUAAUAUCGGUAAUGAUGCGGAGUUAUAUUCUGAUUCAUCAGAUGAAAUACCUGGUCUUGAUAGAAAUCAAGUUACUGAACAAACUUUGAAACGAGAUCUUAUUAAAUCUACUGCUAUGGCGGAAUCCAAUGAACACUACCCGAAGAAAGUAAUUGAGGAUUCUACACAAAGUUUAACUUAUUGGUUUGAAAAGGCUAUUAAAUCUGGCCUAAAAGAAAUCCUAUGCUGGUAUCAUUAUUCCUUUGAAAUUGAAAAUAAAGUUAAAAACAUUACGGCAGAUGGGAAGAUUAAGGAUAAGACAGCAAGAUCAAUGAUAUAUAAAGAAAUGUUACAAUAUCUACCUAAUGUUACUUGUGGAUUCGAACCAAUAGAGCUAAAAAAAUCUCAAGCUAUUUGGAGAAAAGGGUGUUGGAAUCAAUAA